CACUCGCGCGCAGACUCGGCUGCCGGAGGCGUUCGUGCCGGCCUGGGCUAGCGGCGGCGCGUGCGCGGCUUGGAGAGUGACUCCCUCACCUGGCGUUGCGGCCGCAACCACCGCCGGCCGGGGGCGCGGAGGGCGUGCAGCCCGCCAGGUCCGCCAGGCUCUCCGGGUCGGCCGAGCGUCGGGCGGCGAUGGAGCCGGGGCCCACGGCGCCCUCCUCCGGCGGCGCGAGGCUGGCGGGGGUCGGGGAGACGCCUCUAGCCGCCGCGCUGGCCGCCGCCGGGAUGGACCUGCCCGGCACGGCAGUGCCCUUGGUGCCGGAGGAUGCUGCGACUGCGAGCCGGGGCGGCGGCGGGGUCCGCGGGGAGGGCGCCGCGGCGGCCAGUGACGGGCUGGGCAGACCCCUGGGGCCCACCCCGAGCCAGAGCCGCUUCCAGGUGGAUCUGGUUUCCGAGAAUGCCGGGCGGGCGGCUGCUGCGGCGGCGGCGGCUAACGCUGGGGCGAGGGCCAGGGAGACCCCCGCGGACGGGAAAGCAAGCGGCGAAAGCGGGCUAGCCAAGGGCAGCGAGGAAGCCAAGGGCCGCUUCCGCGUGAACUUCGUGGACCCAGCUGCCUCUUCGUCGGCAGACGAGAGCAUGUCGGAUGCAGCGGGGAUCGGAGGCGACGGGCCCAACGUGAACUUCCAGAACGGCGGGGACACAGUGCUGAGCGAGGGGAGCAGCCUGCACUCGGGCGGCGGCGGCGGCGGCAGUGGGCACCACCAGCACUACUACUAUGAUACCCACACCAACACCUACUACCUGCGCACCUUCGGCCACAACACUAUGGACGCCGUGCCCAGGAUCGACCACUACCGGCACACGGCAGCGCAGCUGGGCGAGAAGCUCCUCCGGCCCAGCCUGGCGGAGCUCCACGAUGAGCUAGAAAAGGAACCUUUUGAGGAUGGCUUUGCAAACGGGGAAGAAAGUACACCAACCCGAGAGGCUGUGGUCACAUAUACCGCGGAAAGUAAAGGAGUUGUGAAGUUUGGCUGGAUCAAGGGUGUGCUAGUACGAUGUAUGUUAAACAUUUGGGGAGUAAUGCUCUUUAUUAGAUUGUCAUGGAUUGUGGGUCAAGCUGGAAUAGGUCUGUCAGUCCUUGUAAUAAUAAUGGCCACUGUUGUGACAACUAUCACAGGAUUGUCUACUUCGGCAAUAGCUACUAAUGGAUUUGUACGAGGAGGAGGAGCGUAUUAUUUAAUAUCUAGAAGUCUAGGGCCAGAAUUUGGCGGUGCGAUUGGCCUGAUCUUCGCUUUUGCCAAUGCUGUUGCAGUUGCUAUGUAUGUGGUUGGAUUUGCCGAAACUGUGGUGGAGUUGCUUAAGGAACAUUCCAUACUUAUGAUAGAUGAAAUCAAUGAUAUCCGAAUUAUUGGAGCCAUUACAGUGGUGAUCCUUUUAGGUAUCUCAGUAGCUGGAAUGGAGUGGGAGGCAAAAGCUCAGAUUGUUCUUUUGGUGAUUCUACUACUUGCUAUUGCUGAUUUCGUCAUAGGAACAUUUAUCCCAUUGGAGAGCAAGAAACCCAAAGGUUUCUUUGGUUAUAAGUCUGAAAUAUUUAAUGAGAACUUUGGGCCAGAUUUUCGAGAGGAAGAGACCUUUUUUUCUGUGUUUGCCAUCUUUUUUCCUGCCGCAACUGGUAUUCUGGCUGGAGCAAAUAUCUCAGGUGAUCUCGCAGAUCCUCAGUCAGCCAUACCCAAAGGAACACUCUUAGCCAUUUUAAUUACCACGGUGGUUUACAUAGGAAUUGCAGUAUCUGUAGGUUCUUGUGUUGUUCGGGAUGCUACGGGGAACGUUAAUGACACUAUUGUAACAGAGCUAACAAACUGUACUUCUGCAGCCUGCAAAUUAAACUUUGACUUUUCAUCUUGUGAAAGCAAUCCUUGUUCCUAUGGCCUUAUGAACAACUUCCAGGUAAUGAGCAUGGUGUCAGGCUUUGCACCACUAAUUUCUGCAGGUAUCUUUUCAGCUACUCUUUCUUCUGCAUUAGCAUCCCUUGUGAGUGCGCCCAAAAUAUUUCAGGCCUUAUGUAAGGACAACAUCUACCCUGCUUUCCAGAUGUUUGCUAAAGGUUAUGGGAAAAAUAAUGAACCUCUUCGUGGCUACAUCUUAACAUUCUUAAUUGCACUUGGAUUCAUCUUAAUUGCUGAACUGAAUGUUAUUGCUCCAAUUAUCUCUAACUUCUUCCUUGCAUCAUAUGCGUUGAUCAAUUUUUCAGUAUUUCAUGCAUCACUUGCAAAAUCUCCAGGAUGGCGCCCUGCCUUCAAAUACUACAACAUGUGGAUAUCACUACUUGGAGCAAUUCUUUGUUGCAUAGUGAUGUUUGUCAUUAACUGGUGGGCUGCAUUGCUAACAUAUGUGAUAGUUCUUGGACUUUACAUUUAUGUUACCUACAAAAAACCAGAUGUGAACUGGGGAUCCUCCACACAAGCCCUGACUUACCUGAAUGCACUGCAGCAUUCGAUACGUCUUUCUGGAGUGGAAGACCAUGUGAAAAACUUCAGGCCACAGUGUCUUGUUAUGACAGGUGCUCCAAACUCACGCCCAGCUUUACUUCAUCUUGUUCAUGACUUCACAAAAAAUGUUGGUUUGAUGAUCUGUGGUCAUGUACAUGUGGGUCCUCGAAGACAAGCUAUGAAAGAGAUGUCCAUUGAUCAAGCCAAAUAUCAGCGAUGGCUUAUUAAAAACAAAACGAAGGCUUUUUAUGCUCCAGUACAUGCAGAUGAUUUGAGAGAGGGUGCACAAUAUUUGAUGCAGGCUGCUGGUCUUGGGCGUAUGAAACCAAACACACUUGUCCUUGGAUUUAAGAAAGAUUGGUUGCAAGCAGAUAUGAGGGAUAUGGAUAUGUAUAUAAACUUAUUUCAUGACGCCUUUGAUAUACAAUACGGAGUAGUAGUUAUCCGCCUAAAAGAGGGUCUGGAUAUAUCUCAUCUUCAAGGACAAGAAGAAUUACUGUCAUCACAAGAGAAAUCUCCUGGUGUCAAGGACGUGGUACUAAGUGUGGAGUAUAGUAAAAAAUCAGAUUUAGAUACUUCUAAACCAUCUAGUGAAAAAUCCAUUACACAUAAAGAUGAGGAAGAGGAUGGCAAGACUCCAACUCAGCCACUGUUGAAAAAAGAACCCAAAGGCCCUGCUGUGCCUUUAAAUGUAGCUGACCAAAAGCUUCUUGAAGCCAGUACACAGUUUCAGAAAAAACAGGGAAAGAACACUAUUGAUGUCUGGUGGCUUUUUGAUGAUGGAGGUUUGACCUUAUUGAUACCUUAUCUUCUGACUACCAAGAAAAAGUGGAAAGAUUGUAAGAUCAGAGUAUUCAUUGGUGGAAAAAUAAACAGAAUAGACCAUGACAGGAGAGCGAUGGCUACUUUGCUUAGCAAGUUCCGGAUAGACUUCUCUGAUAUCAUGGUCUUAGGAGAUAUUAAUACUAAACCAAAGAAAGAAAAUAUUGUAGCUUUUGAUGAAAUGAUUGAGCCAUACAGACUUCAUGAAGAUGAUAAAGAACAAGAUAUUGCAGAUAAAAUGAAAGAAGAUGAACCAUGGCGAAUAACAGAUAAUGAGCUUGAACUUUAUAAGACCAAGACAUACCGGCAGAUCAGGUUAAAUGAAUUAUUAAAGGAACAUUCAAACACAGCUAAUAUCAUUGUUAUGAGUCUCCCAGUUGCACGAAAAGGUGCUGUGUCUAGUGCUCUCUACAUGGCAUGGUUAGAAGCUCUAUCCAAGGACCUACCACCAAUUCUCCUAGUCCGUGGGAAUCAUCAGAGUGUCCUUACCUUCUAUUCUUAAAUGUUCUGUCUGCACAGUGGACAGCCCUCCAGACGGUACUUCAGUGCCUAGUGAAGUAACUGCUAUCACUGAAAUCUUCAAUGACACGUUAACAUCACAAUGGCAAACUGACUUAUUUUCACCAUUUCAUUAAUUUGAAAGCACACAGAGAAGUUGCUCCAUUGCUAUGUGUAUGGAGACUUCAGUUUUAGUCAAUUCCGUAUCUCUAUCUUAGUGAAUGAUGAUUCCUUGUUGUUGGACUGAAGCUUGUGACAGUAAAGUUUUCCUUUGCUACUUGAAUAGCAAUAAAAGUGGGUUAUUUUUU